GUCCAAUAUUCUCAUAAGAGCAUUGCUGCUCAUGAUCGGUACAAAGGAAUCAUAGAUGCGUUUAUUCGUGUCCCCAAGGAGCAAGGAUUUUUUUCUUUCUGGAGAGGAAAUUUAACAAAUGUCAUGCGCUAUUUUCCAACUCAGGCUUUGAACUUCGCCUUUAAUGACUUGUACAAGUCUGUCCUUCUUGAGAAAUUGAAUCGUAAUGAGCACUUCUGGAAGUACACUUUCCGCUCUCUAGCCGCCGGCGGCUGCGCAGGAUCUACAACAUUAUGCUUUGUUUAUCCUCUGGAUUUCAUACGAACUCGAUUGUCUGUUGAUGUUGGCACGCACAAAACCAACAGGGAUUAUACGGGUUUCAUAGACUGCUUGAGAAAGACUGUAAGAUCUGAAGGCGUUGCGGGAUUGUAUAGAGGGUUUUUUAUUUCCAUCCAGACGUAUUUCAUAUAUCGCGCUGUGUAUUUUGGUAUGUAUGACACAAUAAGGCACUUUGUUCAAGAGGACAAGAGAAAUCUGCACUUUGUGAGCUCAUUUUUCAUAGCUCAGGGAGUAUCCAUAUGCUCAGCAUAUUUAACUUAUCCAUGGGACACAGUUCGUAGAAGAAUGAUGAUAAAAGGAACGCUUAGCACUAAACGAGCUUUCAGUGCAGCUAAGCGCAUAGUUUUGGAGGAGGGUGUGCGAGGAUUGUUCAAAGGAGCGCUUGCCAACAUCUUUAGGUAA